CCCGCACGGUCACUCUAAUUCUCAUAUGUAUACAAAUUGGCGUUUUGUUGUGUGUGAAAAAUCAUAUUUUCGCAAAGAAAUUACUAAAAACUUGUGAAUAAGUUCCUACGUAACGAGCACAAUCGAGCUUAGCCCCACCCACAUAACAUACCCACCGUAGUCACACGCUAAAUCGGCUCGAGAGGCUAGUUUUUCGCUUCGCUACUGUGAGUCACUGGCCAGAUUUAAAGAUUUCCCCACCCAAAAACAACAAGACAAACGUCUUGCCUCGCAACCACUUGCUAGAAAACUCUAAGUGAUAUCAGUGCCCGGAAAUGGCCGCCGUUGAGAAUGCCGAGCCCCGCACGGAGCUGCAGGAGCUGCAGUUCAAGUCCGGCCAGGUGGCCGACGAGUCCCUGGAGAGCACGCGUCGCAUGCUCAGCCUGAUGGACGAGAGCAAGGAGGCGGGCAUUCGCACCCUGGUCGCUCUGGAUGACCAGGGCGAGCAGCUGGACCGGAUCGAGGAGGGCAUGGACCGGAUCAACGCGGACAUGCGGGAGGCGGAGAAGAAUCUCAGUGGCAUGGAGAAGUGCUGCGGCAUCUGCGUGCUGCCCUGGAAGAAGGUGAACAUAAAGGACGACGGCGAGAGCGCCUGGAAGGCCAACGACGAUGGCAAGAUCGUGGCCAGCCAGCCGCAGCGCGUCAUCGAUGAGCGGGAACGCGGGGGCAUGGGUGCUCCGCCGCAGUCCGGCUAUGUGGCCAGGAUUACGAACGAUGCACGCGAGGAUGAGAUGGACGAGAACCUGGGACAGGUCAACUCCAUGCUGGGCAACUUGCGCAACAUGGCGCUGGACAUGGGCUCCGAGCUGGAGAACCAGAACAAGCAGGUGGAUCGCAUCAAUGCCAAGGGCGAUGCCAACAACAUUCGCAUGGAUGGGGUCAACAAGCGCGCCAACAAUCUGCUCAAGAGUUAAAUAUGCACAAAGGACACGUCCCGAAUCGAUAGUCAGUCACUUUGUUAAGGGAAAGGAAAGGAAAAGAAAGGGAAUGGAACCAAUGUUGUGGGCACAAACCGUAGCAGGUGGUAUUGCGUUAUUUAUACCAUAUAUUAUAUACAUAUACAAGUAGCCACCAGUAACCACCAGCAACUCCUGGCAUCUACUUAAGAGCACUAGAGAGCCGCCGGAUGAACUAACAACUACUUUCUACAACUAUAUAUAUGCGAACCAACAUACUAACUACUUACUAUUACUACACUCGUGUACAAAUGGCAAACCGCAAGUUGCCGGAAACAAUUUUAUUAUGAGAUUUACCGUAUGAUGUACUCUGUUUUUGUGGUACAAACUUUUUGAGCAUUUUACCGAUCUUUGUGAAAUCAAACCAAGCAACUGCUGAGAUGGAUAUACAUAUAUGUGAAUCGAUGAUGUAUUUACAAUUCGUAGAACCACCGCAACCCCCGGGCACAGAAAACCGAAAAGCAACUACAAAGACGGGCGGUAGUAUCAUAUCGUAGCCAAUUUUA